AUGCAGAGAAAAGAAGGGAGGUUGGAGGGGGAUAGAGGGGUGGAGGGGAAAGUGAGGGGUUAGGAGUGAGUGAUGAAAUGUGAGAGAGUGUGGAGGAGUGUGUGUGUGCGUGCGUGCAUGUGUGACUGUUGAGCUACUGCCAUGGUUCAAGAGGGGGGAAUGAGAAACAUCCAAGAUAUUUUCCAGAGCUCUGGUUUAGUGGAGUCGAAUGCUUUGAGCUGGCUAGAGAGAGGGAGAGAAGGGAUGAGAAUAGGAGUCUGGACACGCGAGCGCACACACGUUCAUUCAGUCAAACACACAGAAAACACACGCGCACAACCACAGUCCGGGAUAUGGAUAGGGUGGAGUGGGUCAUGGCUGAGGCUCAUUGUUGUCGAGGCAGUCAGGCUUCCUGUUAGAAGCAGGGAGGAGGCCCAUCACCACAACACAGCUGUGACACACACAGACACACAAUCCAAGACACACAUUGUUCUAUUUUAGCAUCCCUGUUCUCUUUCAAACUCCUACACGUCAUUUUCUGGCAUGGAAAAGCAGCACUUUCACACAGUAUUUACUCCAGAUGAGCAGAAUCCAGUAAAAACAGUCAUAAAAAUAAUAAUCUUACACACUCUUACUCAUAGAAGUCACCCUCCCCAUCAUUCCUUCUCACAAACGCAACCCAACGGUUUUGUACUACAUUGCCGGUAAAAGGCAAACAAUAGUUCAAGGCACUUAUGAAAAAUCCUUUGUCUUUAGUGUUUUUCUCAUUUUAAUUUAAUCAAAAUCGAAUGAAAUCAAAGUUUAUUGGUCGCAUACACAGAUUUGCAGAUGUUAUCGAAAGUGCAGCGAAAUGCUUAUGUUUCUUGAUCCAUCAGUGCAGUAAUGCCUAGCAAUAAAAUAAAAAACAAUACACAUAAUCCAGAAAAAAUAUAUAUACAGUGAGGGAAAAAAGUAUUUGAUCCCCUGCUGAUUUUGUACGUUUGCCCACUGACAAAGAAAUGAUCAGUCUAUAAUUUUAAUGGUAGGUUUAUUUGAACAGUGAGAGACAGAAUAACAACAAAAAAAUCCAGAAAAACGCAUGUUAAAAAUGUUAUAAAUUGAUUUUAGAAAGAUUUCUGGAUCCCAGGUGUCUUUUAUACAGGUAACGAGCUGAGAUUAGGAGCACACUCUUAAAGGGAGUGCUCCUAAUCUCAGUUGUUACCUGUAUAAAAGACACCUGUCCACAGAAGCAAUCAAUCAAUCAGAUUCCAAACUCUCCUCCAUGGCCAAGACCAAAGAGCUCUCCAAGGAUGUCAGGGACAAGAUUGUAGACCUACACAAGGCUGGAAUGGGCUACAAGACCAUCGCCAAGCAGCUUGGUGAGAAGGUGACAACAGUUGGUGCGAUUAUUCGCAAUUGGAAGAAACACAAAAUAACUUUCAAUCUCCCUCGGCCUGGGGCUCAAUGCAAGAUCUCACCUGGUGGAGUUGCAAUGAUCAUGAGAACGGUGAGGAAUCAGCCCAGAACUACACGGGAGGAUCUUGUCAAUGAUCUCAAGGCAGCUGGGACCAUAGUCACCAAGAAAACAAUUGGUAACACACUACGCCAUGAAGGACUGAAAUCCUGCAGCACCCGCAAGGUCCCCCUGCUCAAGAAAGCACAUAUACAGGGCCGUCUGAAGUUUGCCAAUGAACAUCUGAAUGAUUCAGAGGAGAACUGGGUGAAAGUGUUGUGGUCAGAUGAGACCAAAAUGGAGCUCUUUGGCAUCAACUCAACUCGCCAUGUUUGGAGGAGGAGGAAUGCUGCCUAUGACCCCAAGAACACCAUCCCCACGUCAAACAUGGAGGUGGAAACAUUAUGCUUUGGGGGUGUUUUUCUGCUAAGGGGACGGACAACUUCACCGCAUCAAAGGGACGAUGGACGGGGCCAUGUACCGUCAAAUCUUGGGUGAGAACCUCCUUCCCUCAGCCAAGGCAUUGAAAAUGGGUCGUGGAUGGGUAUUCCAGCAUGACAAUGACCCAAAACACACGGCCAAGACAACAAAGGAGUGGCUCAAGAAGAAGCACAUUAAGGUCCUGGAGUGGCCUAGCCAGUCUCCAGAACUUAAUCCCAUAGAAAAUCUGUGGAGGGAGCUGAAGGUUCGAGUUGCCAAACGUCAGCCUCGAAACCUUAAUGACUUGGAGAAGAUCUGCAAAGAGGAGUGGGACAAAAUCCCUCCUGAGAUGUGUGUAAACCUGGUGGCCAACUACAAGAAACGGAUGACCUCUGUGAUUGCCAACAAGGGUUUUGCCACCAAGUACUAAGUCAUGUUUUGCAGAGGGGUCAAAUACUUAUUUCCCUCAUUAAAAUGAAAAUCAAUUUAUAACAUCUUUGUCAUGCGUUUUUCUGGAUUAUUUUGUUGUUAUUCUGUCUCUCACUAUUCAAAUAAACCUACCAUUAAAAUGAUAGACUGAUCAUGUCUUUGUCAGUGGGCAAACGUACAAAAUCAGCAGGGGAUCAAAUACUUUUUUCCCUCACUGUAUCAAUUAUAUAUAUAUAUAUAUAUCUCAGAACGAGCAAUGUCAGAGACUGGAAUAUAAAUAUAUAUACAUAUAAGGGGCAGCAGGUAGCGGUGAAGAGCGUUGGGCCAGUAACCGAAAGGUUGCUGUUUCGAAUCCCUGAGCCGGCAAGGUGAAAGAAUCUGCCAUUCUGCCUUUGAGUAAGGCAGCAACUGCUCCCCGGGCGCCGACGACGUGGACGUCGAUAAAGGUUGCAGACGGUGCAGUUGUUUUGUUGACGUUGAGGGAGAGGUUAUUUUCCUAGCACCACUCCUCCAGGGCUCAUUGUUUUUGGUAAUCAGGCCUACCACUGUUGUGUGGUCAGCAAACUUGAUGAUUGAGUUGGGAGAUGUGCGUGGCAGUCAUGGGUGAACAGUGAGUACAGGAGGGGGCUGAGAACGCACCCCUGUGGGGGCCCCCGUGUUGAAGAUCAGCGUGGCGCAGGUGUUGUUGCCUACCUUCAACACUUGGGGUCAGCCCAUCAGGAAGUCCAGUACUCAUUUGCAUAGGGAGGGGUUCAGACCCAGGGCCCUGAGCUUAGUGGUGAGCUUGCAGGGCACUAUGGUGUUGAGGGCUGAGCUGUAGUCGAUGAACAUCAUUCUUACAUAGGGUAUUCCUCUUAUCCAGGUGGGAUAAGGCAGUGUGCAGUGCAAUGGCGAUUGCAUCGUCCAUGGAGCUGUUGGGGUGAUAUGCGAAUUUCAGUAGGUCUAGUCGGGUAAGGUGGAGGUGAUAUGGUCCUUAACUAGUCUCUCAAAGCACUUCAUGACGACAGAACUGAGUGCUACGGAGCGAUAGUCAUUUAGUUCAGUUACCUUUGCUUUCUUGGGUACAGGAACAAUGGUGGACAUCUUGAAGCAAGUGGGGACAACAGACUGGGAUAUGGAGAGAUUGUCCGUAAACACUCCAGCCAGCUGGUCUGCACAUCUGAGGACACGGACGUGGCUUGGGAAGCCAUCUGGGCCGGCAGCCUUGCAAGGGUUAACACGCUUAAAUGACUUACUGAUGUAGGCCAUGGAGAACGAGAGCACACAGUUUUCGUGAGCGUCGGGGGUCCGCGUCGGCGGCUCGAUGUCAACAACUCUACUAGUCCUUCUGUUUCUAUACCAGUCAUUCUUCCCACUGUUCUCAGAGCAACUCUUUUGUUCCGGCCCAUAGGCUUUGCCAGUUCUGGUCUAUGUGUGUGUUUGCCAGUUCUGGGCUGUAGAGUGUGUGUGUGUGUGUGUGUGUGUGUGUGUGUGUGGCCCCGAGGUUUGGCAUCUCUACCAUUGGGAACCACCAUGGCUAAUUUCAAAUCCCUGUAAUCUCUAUACAGCUCUAUGGGAAAGUAGCCAUUUUGCAUUUAAUCCCCGUAUUUGAUUUCAGGACUUUGUGCUGGUUUUCUUUAGAGUUGGAUGCCCAUUGUCAACGUGCUGUGUCUCCAGCCCUAGAUGGUGGUGUGUGUUUGAGUACUGUGGGCAGACAGGCAAAGGGUGUGUUCCACUCCCCCUUUUUAAGGUACCCUUACUUUCUAUCUCUCUAAUCCUUAUAAUCCCUUUCUCCUCUUUCUCCUCCCACCCUCUUUUUCUUCCCGCGCUCCCCCUCUUUCUACUCCUCUCUCUUUGUCUCUCGCUCGCUUUCUCUCCUUUCUCUCCAUAUCUCUCUUCUCUCCCUCCUCCAUGUAUCUCUCUCUCUCUCCUCUCUCUCCCCCCUCCCUCUUCUCUCUCUCUCUGUCUCAGGCAGUGGAGAGGGAGCAGGUGGACAGCAUUCAGCCCAAGCUGCAGCACGUGAACGCUGUGGGCCAGGGCCUGAUCCAGAGUGCAGCCAAACACACAGACACCCAGGCCCUGGAGCACGACCUAGAGACCACCAACCUCAGAUGGAACUCCCUCAACAAGAGGGUAAGUCUGUCUGUCCGUCUGUCCAUCGGUCUGUCUGUGCUGAUGUUUGGGCUAAGGUUUGAGUGUGUGCGUGCAUGCGUUUGUGUCUGACUGAAUAUGUAUAUUUAUGUGUUGCGUUUGUUUGUUGUGUUCCGAAUGGAAUGAUGGGUUUGUAUGGAAUCAGGUUUAUGUCUAUAUGCAUGUAUACCUGUCCAUGUCACUAAAGUACUUGUCCCCCUCACACACUGCAUUGUUACUUGACCAGGUUGCAGAGCGCAUCGCCCAGUUGCAGGAAGCUCUGUUGCAUUGUGGGAAGUUCCAGGAUGCCCUGGAGCCUCUUCUGAGCUGGCUGAGUGAUACGGAGGAGCUGGUAGCCAAUCAGAAACCCCCGUCAGCAGAGUACAGAGUGGUCAAGGCCCAGAUCCAGGAACAGAAGGUGAGAGAGAAAGGGAUAGAUGGAGUGAGGGAUUAGUAUCUGGAUGGAGAGAUAGAUGUAGUGAGGAACAUAGAUUUUAUUUCAAUACCAAGUCUUUUCCCUACAUCAGAUACUCAGUCAUUAUGACUAAGAAUUUACUGGCCAUUAGAGACAUUUGGAACCUAGAUUUGGAUAAAAACAAGCUUAAGAGAUUUUAUUCAUAUAUUCAUUAUUUAGAGAAUAAUAGAAUGGGCUAUUACUGUUAUUCAAUUGUCCUUAUUUUCACCAAGAGACAUUUAACAUGUGACAGGGAAACACACUCACACACACCUAAUUAUCUGGGUGUUUUGGUGGAGGAAAAGCUCAGUUGAGUCUGCCAGUCUGGUUGGCAUUCAACACACCAGUUAACACAGAUGUCGGAUUACAAUGUUUUUCAGAGAAACCAAGCGGCAGAAAAAACACAAUGUCUGCUCUCACUCUUUAUCUGAAACACUUCCCGUGUUUGUGUGUCGAGGAGCACGGCGGAUUCAGUCCCCCCCCCCACUCAGUCAUGCAUGUUUACAUCCAGGAAACUGGAAAUUAGUGCUGUUUACCGCAGGCUUGUUCAAUGUUACUGAACAGUUAUGAAUGGGAAGAAGGGGAAGUACUGCCAAAUUGAGCUACUACUCAUAGUGGACGUCCUCAAAACAGGAGUGGCCUGAUAUUUGAGAUAGUGUAUUGUUGAGGAACACUGCAAAACAUUGCGGUAUUGAAUGUGAAGUUUGUUCUAGCUAUCUUACCAACUGCUUUAUACCGAAAUCCUAGAAGCAGCGACUCUUCUGGUCUUGAAUAUACCCCUAACCCUAAUAUACAUGCAGAACAAACAGUAUGAGAGUUGGUAUUAUUUGUGGUGUUGAACGUACCGUUUAUGUCUCUCAUUUCCCAGCUGUUACAAAGACUGCUGGACGACCGCAGAGCCACUGUUCAGAUGAUCCAGGGAGAGGGAGAGAGGAUCGCAGCCACUGCCGAGACCCAGGACAAAGACAAGAUCCAGAAACAGCUGGAGAGUCUGGGAGAGAGAUGGGGCGAGCUGCUGGAGAAAGCCAGGGCAAGGUAACGUACAUUAUUGUAUGGACACACUACACAUAGGAAUUGAUAUAACCGGUCACCAUUCAUCACAUACAUGCACCACAGUCAGCAAAUACAUCUUAACACCACAAAAAGACUCUUACACAUGCAUAGUGUACACGCAUGCAUAGUAUGCACACGCUCACACUAGCCUACCUACAGUAUGUAUUACCAUUACUUCAGUACACAACCCACACAUUCCUGACCGUCACAUCUGAAUGCUUAUUUGGAUCCACAAUGAGACAUUGACAUACAAAGGCAACCCAAACGCUCACCACCUCUCUCCCUCCUCCUCCCACCUCUGCAGGCAGUGCCAGUUGGAGGAGCUGCAGACGCUGGCACUCCAGUUCCACGAGGCGGUGGAGCCUCUUGGAGAGUGGCUGAGUGCCACCGAGAGACGCCUGAGCACCGCCGAGCCCAUGGGAACCCAGACUUCCAAGAUCACCCAGCAGAUUACAAAACACAAGGUAACGUGUAUGACGGUAACGUGGAUGACGGUGUCACAAGGUAACAUGUCCCCCUCGAGACACAGGUUGUGUUUUCGGUUUCCUUUGAUGAAAAGAGGUGAACAAGGGCAGAAAGGAAGGUAUAAGUCUCUGGAAUGAAACCAGAGAGUGAAGAGGAUGGCACCGAAGUAAACAAUUGGUUACAUUCCAAUGAGAGAAAGAAAGGGAACCCCGGGCUCAACCAUUUCCCCCUCAUCAUUUUGAUAUGAUUUGAUAUCAUUUCAAUAUUAUAUUUCAUUGACUGUUUUUGUUGUUUAGGAUUUUAUGUUGUCGUUCUUGAAAGUUAUCAUGCAUAUUCAGCUUUCAUUCGUUCUUUAUGAUUUAUUAUCAUCCAUUAUGAUUUCUCAUCUGCAUCCUCUCAUUUCCCUAUUGUUUUCUUCUGUUCUCCUUCUUCACCCCUCCCCCUCUUCACACACCCCUCCCCUCCCCUCUACCCCUUCCUCUCCACACACACCACCCCUCCCCUCUACCCCCUUCCUCUCCACACACCCCUCCCCUCUACCCCUUCCUCUCCACACACACCACCCCUCCCCUCUACCCCUUCCUCUCCACACCACCCCUCCCCUCUACCCCUCCCCCUCUCCACACACACCACCCCUCCCCUCUAACCCCUCCCCCCUCUCCACACACACCACCCCUCCCCUCUACCCCUCCCCCUCUCCACACACACCACCCCUCCCCCUCUACCCCUCCCCCUCUCCACACACCCCACCCACCCCCACCCCCUCCCCCUCUAACCCCCCCCCUCCCCUCUACCCCCCCCACACCCACCCCACCCCUCCCUCACCCCUCCCCCCUCUCCAACACCACCCCUCCCCUCACCCCCCCCUCUCCACACACACCACCCCCCCCUCUCCACCCCUCCCCCUCCACCACCCACCACCCCUCCCCUCUACCCCUUCCUCUCCACACCACACCCCCCACCCCCUACCCCUCUACCCCCCCCCUCCCACCACACCCACCCCUACCUCCUCCCCCACCCCUCCCCCUCCCCCUCUCCCACCCACCCACCCCUCCCCUCUACCCUCUCCCUCCUCCCACACACACCCACCCCUCCCCUCUACCCCUUCCUCUCCCACACACCACCCCUCCCCUCAACCCCUUCCGUCUCCCACAACCACCACCCCCCCCUCUACCCGCUAUCCUCUCCCACACACACCCGCCUCCCUCACCCUUCCUCCCCCAUGCGACCCUCCCCUGCGCCGUGCGCUAGGCCUUCCUUCAAGCUCACAUGUGCCAACCACGGCCUCAUGCUGGCAGGCCCUGGCCAAUGCCCAGCUGUUUGGGGAGGAUGAGGUGGAGGUGCUCAACUGGCUGGCUGAGGUGGGCCAGAGGCUGGGACAGGUGUCGGUGCAGAGCCACCAGCCGGGGGUCCUCACCCAGCAGCACAAACACACACUGGUACGAUACUAUGGUUUGGACAGGGAGUAGCUAUACUACACAAAAUAUACUAUUAGUAGUAUAUAGUACACAAAAUAGUACACAAUAGUAUAUUAGUACUUAAUAGUAUAUUAGUACUACCGCACUACUGCAGGGAGUAUUGUAUUGGCUAGUACUGUCUAGACAUUGAGUAGCAAUAUGAAUGACUCCUAUUACACUCUAUAACAUAGUUGUCAAACCCAUUCCACGGAGGGCAGAGUGUCUGCGGGUUUUCACUCCUCCCUUGUACUUAAUUGAUGAAUUAAUGUCACUAAUUAUUAAGGAACUCCCCACACCGGUAGUCUAGGGCUUCAUUAAAAGGAAAAACCCAAAACCUGCAUACACUAGGCCCUCCAUGGAAUGAGUUUGACACCCCUGCUCUGUAAGGUGUUCAUUCUGUUUCUCUCCCCUUCCCCCAUCAGUCUCUGAAUGAAGAGAUCGUGAGCAGGAAGAAGCAGGUUGACCAGGCCAUUAAGAACGGACAGGCCCUGCUCAAGCAAACCACCGGUACAGUACAACCUCUUAACUCUGGAUACUACAUAAUCUCUUUGAUUCUGGACCAUCUCUCCCCUAGCCCACAUCUAACCAUCUUUAUCACUAGCCAAACAACCAGAACUGUUCCUGGACCUGUCAUUAUAACUGCAGAUAACCACAGAGCCUGUAUUCCACUGACUGGGUCUGUUGUUAACCCCCGCAGGUGAGGAGGUUCUGCUGAUCCAGGAGAAGCUGGACGGUAUCAAGUCUCGCUACGCUGAGAUGACGGCCGGGAGCAGCAAAGCCCUCCGCACCCUGGAGCAGGCCCUGCAGCUGAGCACGCGAUUCGCCAGCGCCCACGACGACCUCAACCAAUGGCUAGACAAGGUGGAGACGGAGCUCAACAUCAUGGAGCCCGACGCCACGCCAGCCUAUCAGGAAAGACAGAAGGUAAAUGUGCCUAUAUAUGCUGUGAAUAUACUGUAUAUUGUGUAAAUAUAUUUACAGUCUGCAAUAUUUCCAGAUGUUCAGUGGUCAUUUCAAUUAAUGAUACACCCAAUGAUUCUUGAAGAAUAACUUAUAGGUUUGUUAUUCCUUAGCCCAACUGUCUUGCGGUUAUUAGUCUUCAACACUGUAGCGUAAAUAGGAGUUAUAUCUUGAGUUGAAGAUACUCAAUCUCUCUGUGUGUGUGUGUGUGUGUGUGUGUGUGUGUGUGUGUGUGUGUGUGUCUGUGUGUGUGUUUCUCUUUCCCAGGAGCUGAAGUGUGUGUCAGCGGAGAAACGUCUGGUUUUGGACACGGUCAACGAGGUGGGCAAUGCCCUCUUAGACCUGGUGCCCUGGCGUGCCCGUGAGGGUCUGGACCGCCUGGUGGCUGACGCCAACCAGCGCUACCGAACGGCGGACGAGACCAUCACCCAGCGGGUACAGCUGGUACAGGCUGCCAUCCAGAGGUCACAACAGGUACUGCAAUGUGACAAAAUGAAAUCAAUGUCUAUUGGGUACUAGCUGCUGAGUCCAUUCAGUGAUCGUAUACGUUUGCAGUGGAUGAUGGUGUUGAUAGUCAAAGGUGGGCCAAAUUGUGUAAGUUCAGGAUUUGAAUAGUUUUGAUUUUUAUGUCUUCUUUCUCUGUGUCUAUCUUGGUCUGUAUGGUGUGUAGAAGUAAUCCAUGAGGUUUCUGCUGUCGUUGUCAUGAAGAGGAUGAUGCUAAUGUUGUAGCAUUUCCCUCUGGUCUCUUAGCAUGAGGUGGCUGUGUGUAAUGCUAACUACUGUAAAUGCUAAUAACAUCUCACUCUGUCAGUUGAAUUUGUUUGUAUUUUUUUAAUUUAACCUUUAUUUAACCAGGUAAGACAGUUGAGAGCAAGUUCUCAUUUACAACUGUGACCUGGCCAAGAUAAAGCAAAGCAGUGCGAUUAAAAACAACAACAACACAGUUACAUAUGGAAUAAACAAAACGUACAGUCAAUAACACAAUAGAAAAUCUAUAUACAGUGUGUGCAGAUGUAGUAAGUUAUGGAGGUAAGGCAAUAAAUAGGCCAUAGUGCAAAAUAAUUACAAUUUAGUAUUAACACUGGAGUGAUAGAUGUGCAGAAGAUGAUGUGCAAAUGGAGAUACUGGGGUGCAAAUGAGCAAAAUAAAUAACAAUGUAAAUAACAAUAUGGGGAUGAGGUAGUUGGGUGGGCUAAUUACAGAUGGGCUGUGUACAGGUGCAGUGAUCGGUAAGCUGCUCUGACAACUGAUGCUUAAAGUUAGUGAGGGAGAUAAGUGUCUCCAGCUUCAGAGAUUUUUGCAGUUCGUUCCAGCCAUAUGAGGCAGAGAACUGGUAGGAAUGGCGGCCAAAGGAGGUGUUGGCUUUGGGGAUGACCAGUGAGAUAUACCUGCUGGAACGCAUACUACGGGUGGGUGUUGCUAUGGUGACCAAUGAUCUAAGAUAAGGCGGGGAUUUGCCUAGAAGUGAUUUAUAGAUGACCUGGAGCCAGUGAGUUUGGCGACAAAUAUGUAGUGAGGGCCAGCCAACGAGAGCGUACAGGUCACAAUGGUGGGUAGUAUAUGGGGCUUUGGUGACAAAACGGAUGGCACUGUGAUAGACUACAUCCAAUUUGCUGAGUAGAGUGUUGGAAGCUAUUUUGUAAAUGACAUCGCCGAAGUCAAGGAUCGGUAAGAUAGUCAGUUUUACGAGGGCAUGUUUAGCAGCAUGAGUGAAGGAGGCUUAGUUGCGAAAUUGGAAGCCGAUUCUAGAUUUAGCUUUGGAUUGGAGAUGCUUAAUGUAAGUCUGGAAGGAGAGUUUACGGUCUAACCAGACACCUAGGUAUUUGUAGUUGUCCACAUAUUCUAAGUCAGACCCGCCGAGAGUAGUGAUUCUAGUCGGGACGGGCGGGUGCAAGCAGCGUUCGAUUGAAGAGCAUGCAGUGUGGGGAAGCUGUGUGUGCCAUGCUAACUGUGUGUAUCUCUCUGUGCCUCAGUAUGAGGAAGCGGUGGACGCAGAGCUGACCUGGGCUGGGGAGACUGAGAGGAAGUUAUCUUCCCUAGGUCCUCUGAGUCUGGAGCCUGACGUCACCGUGGCCCAGCUACAAGUCCAGAGGGCCUUCAAUAUCGACAUCAUCCGACACAAAGACACCGUGGACCAGCUACUCAACACCAGGGACGACAUCCUGGAGACAUGCAGUGACCAGCAGAGAGACGCUCUGAUGGUGAGGAGAGUGGGACGAAGGGUUUGGGGAGAGCGAAAGUGGCCAGAGAAAUGCAGAGAGUCAGUGAGAAGGGAGAAAGGCUUCCAAACAGGCCAAGAGGACUUUUGUAACAUAAGCAAUGACUAAUUUAAGAAAAGUUAAUUCACAGGAAAAUCAAAUGACAUGAUCGAUGUAUUAUUAGAAUGUUAUUAAAUAUUAUAAACAAGGAAGGAAAUAUUGUGUUUUGGGCUCGAUAUACAAGUAGGGAAAUACUCUUUGUGCUUGAAGUAAAAUAGCACAACAAUAGUACACAAAAUAGGAAAUAUUCAGGUGAUUUUUGCCUAGUUACCAAAUGUGAACCAUUCUAACACCUUUUCCUCCCUUCGCUCUCCUCAGGUGAAGACUGACUCGCUGUCUGCCCACUACGAGGCGGUGAGCCAGCGGCACCAGGAGCGUUUCUCAGCCCUGGAGCAGGCCCAGGUCCUGGUGGCCCGCUUCUGGGAGACCCAGGAGGAGCUGGAGCCCUGGCUGGGGGAGACGGAGACCCUUAUCGCCCAGCUGCCCCCACCCGCCGUCGACACAGAGGCCCUGCGACUACAACAGGAGCAGAUGAGGGUGAGGAGGGAGGGAGGAAUGGGAGGAGGCAGAAAGGGGGAGGAGUGGGAGUAGGCUCUAAUUGCUGUAUUUUAACUCAUGUCCUCGUGAAAAGAUGUAUCAUGUCGAAUACGUUCCUAACACUUCUACUCUUUAUCUUUUGCCUUUUUCAUUUCUCUUUCUCUGUCUGUGUGGUACUCCAACUGUACCACUCUCUCAAUCACUCUAUCCAUCUUCCUCUUUACUGAUUGUCCACUCUUUCUACCUCUUGGUUCUUCCUCCCUCCAUCUUUCCUCCAGCUCCUGAGGGAGUCCAUAGCGGAGCACAAGCCCCACAUCGACAAGCUGCUGAAGAUCGGCCCCCAGCUGGCCGUUCUGAGUCACCAAGAGGGGGCCACCGUGAGGCAGCGCUACAGCGACGCCGAGAAACGCUACAUGGCCAUCAAGGAGGAGGUCAAGGGUCGCGCCACCACCCUGGACGAGGCUGUGUCUCAGUCUGCACAGGUAUGGUUUCGUAAAAGUGAAUUUGAAAUCGGUUUGUAGCUCGAAAGUGUUUCAAUUGUCAAAGCUUGUGUCUGCCGAUUGCUGCCCCAAUACAACCGAGCUUACGGCAUACAUAUGAGGAAAUCUGACGACUUCCUUAUAUGGAUGCCGUAAGCCUUGUUAUGUCCAUAUUUGGAAGUCUUCCAAUUUCCUAAUAUGGAUGCCGUACGUACAAUCUAGCUGCUAAUGGCAUGAUGAGGUCAAUGUAAUGUUACAAUUUACACUGCUCUUCCACUAGAGAGCAGUGUGGUAUUUAUUUGACCACUGGACUCUUUACUUGGAACUGUGUUUUGGCUCUUUUUUCUAAUUUCCAUUAAAUGAAUGGAAGAGAACUAGACAAUGUUAUAACUUAUUCUUGCGCUCCAAGAAAUGUUGCAAUGAUCUUCAAAAGUCUUAGUCAUAAUAUGAUAGUAGUGGUAGUAAUAGUUGCUAUUUGCUAAAGCUACACAGCUUCAUUGCUACCCUUAAUAGUAAAUCAAUUGUUAUAUACAAUUUUCCUAUUUCCAUAAGUAGCAUUCACAUUUUAUUUCAGUAGUUCUCUUGUCAAAUGCUCUCUCAUAACACCUCAUUUCAUAAAUCAUGAGCCACCAUUGAUUAUGAAGGAGUGCUAAGCUGAUUGUUGCUGCUGUUGAUAUUGCUUGGCCAGAGUGUGUGCAUGUCACUGAUCUAACACAACGUAUUGUUUCUCUACCUCCCAUCCCUAAUGGACCAUAUCACCCACCCACUCCCUCUCUCUAUGCAUCCCUCUCUCUCUAUUUUCAUUCCUCCUAAACCACCAACCUCCAUACCUCUCUAUCCCCCCCCUAAAUUCCCAACCCUCCCUUGUGCCUUACAUUUCCCCCUCUCCUUGCACUCCCCCACCCCUCCAUCCUUCCAUCCCUCCCUCCCUGAUUUGCGCCAUCCAUCCCUCCGUCCUGCCUCUCACUCAUUGUGGAUGUGCUGUGUGUUUUGACCCACCAUUUCCUCCAUCCAUCAUCACUGCUCACUGCAAUCACCCAGCUGGUAGAGGUAAGACCACUGACUGACCUGUACUGUGUUACUGAUGCCAACCGGCCACAACGUGACUUAGUAACCAUAGUACUGACCAAGAUGUACUGACACACCAAAUGACACAAUUUACAGGAAUGUGUUUGUUAGUUAUUAGAGAUCCUUCCUGCGUGAAUCUUGUGUCUAGGCUCAGACAACCCGCCAUAACUCCCAAGUAUACUUUGUCCAAUCUCUCUCCUCUUUCCCAAUUAGUGUGUUUUGAUAUGUUUGUAAAUUGGCAAUUCCUGUCCUUUUUAGUAGCUUUAGGCUUGUCCUCUUCUCUGUUCCAGUCCAUGUUACCCAUUUUGACAUUGCUCAAAUGCAGUUAUUUACCAGAAACGUCCAUAUAAUCUUUAUCAACAACCACUUAGUGAGGCUGUGGCAAUAGUUUGUGCUGAUUGAAAGUUGGGUGCAGUAUUCCUAACGAAGUUAACUUUAUUAAUGUAUAGUAAAUACAUCAAUAAUACUCCCACACCUUGAAUCACAUGACCCUCCAAGUAUCCAAAUUACAUGGUAUUUUUCAGUAGGAGCUCAGCAUUUUCGCACUGUCAAAAUGUCACCCCUCCCCUCCGAAUACAUAUACGAAUGUAUAAUAAUACGAAUAAAACCCUUAAAGGCUCUGCAUGGUCAAUCCGCCUUCUGCAGUGGCUGUACAGCGUUUACUGCGAUACGGCCUCUGUAGAAGUCAGGGCAUUCAUACUUCUUCCGCUUCGAAGAGCUGUUGUGAAGGAAGUUGUCAAGGAAGUGAGUUUGUGUUUGUAUAGGACCUCCCACCCCCACCGACCGUCAACCUAUCAUGUCAAUGCGGAGCUAUACGGAGCCCUCCGCAUUGUUACAGAAAUUGGUAGGCGCAUGGCAUCGUCGUAUGGAGCUCGAUUUGGCCUCCGGAGGCUCUGCAAUUUACAUUUACAUUUUAGUCAUUUAGCAGACGCUCUUAUCCAGAGCGACUUACAGUUAGUGAGUGCAUACAUUUUUUCAUACUGGCCCCCCGUGGGAAAUGAACCCACAACCCUGGCGUUGCAAGCGCCAUGCUCUACCAACUGAGCUACACGGGGCCACUUGCGUGACACCCUCCAUUCGGAGCCUCUGGACAGCAUUGCCGGAUCGAGCAGCUAUUAGUCACACUACCCACCUCCUCUUCUUAACCCUCUCUCUCCACCCCUCCCUCUUCCCCCCCAGUUCCACGACAAGAUGGACCCCCUGUUGGAGACCCUGGAAGGGGCCGUGCAACGCCUCCGCUCCCCUUCUCCCGUGGCGGCAGAGGUGGAUAAGAUCCGGGAGCAGCUGGCUGAGCACAAGGCAACAGGGCUGGAGCUGGACAAACUGCUGCCCUCCUUCUCUGCCCUUUGUGCCCGCGGCGAGGAGCUCAUCAGUAGAGCAGCCCACGACGACCCUGCCGCUCAAGGCAAGGGCCUAAAACACACACAGAUACACUUACAUAUGCUGUGUGUGUACACACACACACAUAAACACAAUCACACAUGAACACAUAAACAAAAAUAAAUGCACAUACAUCACCCAGGGGCACACACACAUGACCAGCCCUAGGUAGAGACAAUGACUCCUACACAGGACCCCAGUAUAAAAAGAGAUGCGCUAAAACAAUGUGCAUGCACACACUCACACUGUACUACAAUGAUCCCACUGACAAACCUGAUUCGUCUCAUCCUUUUUUUUAUUCAACAAAGUUUAUUUUAAACACAGACACCCAGAAACACAAAGGCGCCGAUUCACAAACACUUAUGAACUUUUGACGACUCACAUGACGACACCGCCAUCCCCCCGCCAAAAAACCCUCCGGCUUUGACACACCACGCCUCCAUCCAUUUCUCAGUGCACCACUUCAUAACUAUGAAUGAGUGCUCUGUGCAGUGGUAGUGGGAGUGUACCCUAUUGACUGACUCUAAAAGACUCCACUGUUGAGGGCUAGUCACUAGAUGGCCAUGCUAGAAGGGACAAAAGCAGCAAUAACGUCAGAACUUAUAAGCAAGUACAUUUGCUAUUUGUCGUAAUGUUAUGGUUCGGUUCAGGGUAAAAUAAUUAAUAAUAACUUAUUACAUAAAAUUCCUCCAUCCAUUUUUACAUAGCUAAUAGCAAAUAGUGACAAUUCUGUCCUUUCAAGCAUGGACAAAAAACACCACGCUUCCAGAUUAAUUCCUAACUCUCCCAUCCCCCUCUUUCCCCCUCCCAGCCGUGCAUUCCCGUCUCCUGCGUCUGCGCUCCCUGUGGGAUGAGAUCCGGCAGAGGGCUGAGGAGCGGGAGGGGAAGCUGACGGACGUCUUGGACCUGGCUGGGAAGUUCUGGGCCGACAUGGCGGCGCUACUGAGCACGCUCCGUGACUCGCAGGACAUCGUCAAGGAACUGGAGGACCCCGGGGUGGACCCCUCCCUCAUCAAACAGCAGAUAGAGGCAGCAGAGGUACGUAUGGAGAGGGGGAUGGAGGGUUACUAAGAGAGAGGAAGGGGACAAUGGUUAUUGAAAGAGAGAGGGAGGAGAAAAGUGAGAGAGAGAAAAAGAUAUUGAGGCAAAGCGCAUGUUUGUAGCAACAAUAUUGAAUACACAAGGAAAGUAUAGCAAGAUAUUCAGACGCUAAAAUGUGGAGCAAUAGAGUCUUCUGAGGUAAAGUGGGGAAAUAUGACGGAAUGUUAUUAGUUAUGUAACUGCCUAUAUAGCUUCUGAUUGAAACAUGUAUUUGUACUGUGGUUAGCUCAGAGGUAGGAAGGGGAGAGAAUAUGCAGAGGUAGUUACUGAUGAUUGUGACGACUGUUGGGUUAUCUGGUCUGUCCAACUGUGCUGAUGUCUGUGUGUCUCUCAUCAGGCCAUCAAGGCCGAGACAGACGGGCUGAGGGAGGAGCUGGAGUUUGUACGAACCCUUGGGGCUGACCUCAUCUUCGCCUGCGGAGAAACUGAGAAACCUGAGGUCAAGAAGACCAUCGACGAGGUGAGAGGAGUACAGCAUGACAACUUCAACACUUAAGACAGGAUCAAACAAAUCAAGAACAAUAAUCAUUAAUGGACUCGUUGCAUUAUCUUUCUUGUGUCUAUGUUCUCUGUUUUAUGUCUUUUUAUUGCAGUAUAUGUUUUAUCUUUCCUCUCUUCUUCCUUCUCUGUAUCCGUUUCUCAGAUGAAUGCCGCCUGGGACGGCCUGAACCGGACGUGGAGAGAGAGGAUGGAGAGGUUGGAGGAGGCCAUGACGGCUUCUGUGCAGUACCAGGAUGCAUUGCAGGUCAGUGUCCCAGAAUGCAUCACUCUUUCAGCUCAGUGUGUCAGAUAAUUAAAUAAUUUUAAUUAAAUAAUUUUGUAUUCAUUGCACUAGUUCUUUAGGAAUGUAGAUGCGUAGAAAUGUAUAAUGUUAUGAAGUAGAGGCAUUUAUAGGUAUCAGGACAUAGAUCGGCAUUAUAUCUUUCAGAAGUUAGAUUGUCUCAUUUGUCUCUCUCGUGUGUGUGUGUGUGUGUGGUGUGUGUGUGUGUGUUGCAGGGCAUGUUUGACUACCUGGACAACGCAGUGAUCAAGCUCUGUGACAUGUCCACUGUGGGCACUGAUCUGGGAACUGUCAAACAGCAGAUCGAAGAACUCAAGGUUUGAAUCAUAAUCGACUUUUGUCAUGUAGCUUUGAUAUAAAUACUAUACUUAAUAUAUUCCAAUAAAAGUUUUCCUCAUCCUCCAAAUAUUUAUAAUCUUUAUUGUACUUAAAAAACGGUUUUGAUGAAAAUACAAAAUCCUCGGUAAGUCAAAAAUACUCUCUUGGUUAAUAGUUAACUAUCACUAAUGAUAAGCAAACUGCUAGUACAGGCCUGACUCCUCUCCUCUCCUGUGAGCAGCAGUACAAGGUGGAGGUGUACCAGCAGCAGAUAGACAUGGAGAAGCUGUGCCACCAGGGGGAGCUGCUGCUCAAGAAGGUCUCGGACCAGACCGACAGAGACAUGAUCCAGGAGCCCCUCACGGAGCUCCGACACCUCUGGGACAACCUGGGGGACAAGAUCACUCACAGACAGGUACGCAAACUAUGCAUUGACCUGUUUUACCCAGUGACUUCCUAACUAUUGUAGAGUAGGGGAAGUAGCUACAGUAGCUCUUCAGCCCCCUGUCUAAAAGAACGCCUUCAGACCUCCGGUCGUCUGGAACUCAGACUCACUGUUGCCCCCCCCCCCCCAAAGUCAAUACUUUGUAGAGCCACCUUUUGCAGCAAUUACAGCUGCAAGUCUCUUGGGGUAUGUCUCUACAAGCUUGGCACAUCUAGCCACUGGGAUUUUUGCACAUUCUUCAAGGCAAAACUGCUCCAGCUCCUUCAAGUUGGAUGAGUUCCGCUGGUGUACAGCAAUCUUUAAGUCAUACCACAGAUUCUAUAUUGGAUUGAGGUCUGGGCUUUGACUAGGCCAUUCCAAGACAUUUAAAUGUUUCCCCUUAAACCACUCAAGUGUUGCUUUAGCAGUAUGCUUAGGAUCAUUGUCCUGCUGGAAGGUGAACCUCCAUCCCAGUCUCAAAUCUCUGGAAGACUUUCCCUGUAUUUAGUGCCAUCCAUCAUUCCUUCAAUUCUGACCAGUUUCCCAGUCCCUGCCGAUGGAAAAACAUCCCCACAGCAUGAUGCUGCCACCACCAUGCGUCACUGUGGGGAUGGUGUUCUCGAGGUGAUGAGAGGUGUUGGGUUUGCACCAGACAUAGCGUUUUCCUUGAUGGCCAAAAAGCUCAAUUUUAGUCUCAUCUGACCAGAGUACCUUCUUCCAUAUGUUUGGGGAGUCUCCCACAUGCCUUUUGGCGAACACCAAACGUGUUUGCUUAUUUUUUUCUUUAAGCAAUGGCUUUUUUUCUGGCCACUCUUCCAUAAAGCCCAACUCUGUGGAGUGUACAGUUUAAAGUGGUCCUAUGGACAGAUACUCCAAUCUCCGCUGUGGCGCUUUGCAGCUCCUUCAGGGUUAUCUUUGGUCUCUUUGUUGCCUCUCUGAUUAAUGCCCUCCUUGCCUGGUCCGUGAGUUUUGGUGGGCGGCCCUCUCUUGGCAGGUUUGUUGUGGUGCCAUAUUCUUUCCAUUUUUUUAUAAUGGAUUUAAUGGUGCUCCGUGGGAUGUUCAAAGUUUCUGAUAUUUUUUUAUAACCCAACCCUGAUCUGUACUUCUCCACAACUUUGUCCCUGACCUGUUUGGAGAGCUCCUUGGUCUUCAUGGUGCCGCUUGCUUGGUGGUGCCCCUUGCUUAGUGGUGUUGCAGACUCUGGGGCCUUUCAGAACAGGUGUAUAUAUAUAUAUAUAUAUAUAUAUACUGAGAUCAUGUGACACUUAGAUUGCACACAGGUGGACUUUAUUUAUCUAAUUAUGUGACUUCUGAAGGUAAUUGGUUGUACCAGAUCUUCUAUAGGAGCUACAUAGCAAAAGGGGUAAAUACAAAUGCACGCAUCACUUUUCCGUUAUUUUUUCAUUUGUUAUUUUUAUUCAUUUCACUUCACUAAUUUGGACUACUUUGUGUAUGUCCAUUACAUGAAAUCCAAAUAAAAAUCCAUUUAAAUUACAGGUUGUAAUGCAACAAAAUAGGAAAAACGCUAAGGGGGAUGAAUACUUUUGCAAGGCACUGUACAUUAUAUUACACAUUGCAAUGCAAUACAAUCCAACAUGGUUUCUGAAUAACCACUGUUUUCCCUAUUCUGUUUCCUACAGCAUAAAUUGGAGGGUGCUCUCCUGGCGCUAGGUCAGUUCCAGCAUGCCUUGUCUGAGCUGCAGUCCUGGCUUAGUCACACCCACUCCACCCUGGACACGCAGAGACCCAUCAACUCCGACCCCAAGGCCAUCGAGAUAGAACUGGCCAAACACCACGUACGUCUACCUCUCUACAUCUAUCCCUCCCACACGCUUACUUAUCCUCUCCAUUUCUUCUUUACGCCUUAAUUUCUAGACUCUUAACGACCAGUUUCCCACACCCAGAUUAAGCCAAUCCUGGACUAAAAAGCACUUUCAAUGGAGAUUCUCCAUCAGGAAAUCGGUCUUAUUAGCUUAUCUCUACCUCUCUCUCAUCUCUCCUCAAUCUCCCCUCCAUAUCACCCUCACUUCUGUUAUUUUCCCUUAUAGAUUAUGCGUUACGCCAUUUUGUGCCAGAAUGCUUGCUUCACAUCAAUGAUUGCAUUGGAGAACUGUAACUUACACACCCUCCCUCCAACUCUCUCUCUUUCAGGUGCUGAGGAACGACGUGUUGUCCCAUCGCUCCACGGUGGAGACGGUGAACGCGGCAGGGGCUGAGCUGCUGGAGUCCAGUCCCGGGGAUGAGGCCAACCACCUCCGCGACCAGCUGGACCACCUCAACCGCGGCUGGGAGAACCUGCUACUCAAGUCCCAGGACCGGCAGAAACUACUGGAGGCUGCACUGCACCAGGUAGGAAGGAUACAGGAGGACUGGAGGACUGGGCUGAGAAGAGAGGCUCUAGUUAUGAGUACUGUCUGAGUUAAGCGAAAAGAAGGAAUUACAUCAUUUCUAUCAAUUUCUUCUUACCCCUCCAUGUAAUUAUAUUUCUAUAUUAUGGGUUUCCAUCUUGUACAAAUAAGAUUAUCAAGUUGCACUAGCAAAAUAGGUUAUUUACCAGUUAAGUAAAGGUUUAAAUACUGUACUAAAUUUUAACUAAGCUAAAACCAUGGGGCAAAUGAAUGAACGACACAGCAGCACUGCCAUUAACGCACAACUCAUGACUUCCCGUCUUGUUCCCUCUCGUCCCUCGUUCCCCAGGCGGAGGGUUUCCAUGGUGAGCUGGAGGAGUUCCUGCAGUGGAUGAGGAGGACAGAGAGCCAGCUGUCUGCAGCCAAACCCACAGGUGGCCUGCCUGAGACCGCACGGGAGCAGCUGCAGCAGCACCUGGUAAUACUGGGGUUACAUGUUAUGAUACUGCACCCUACCCAUACAUACACUAGAUAUGAUGUGAUGGAGACAACACAUGGUAAUGGGGAUAAAUGUUAUGACACUGCAUCCUCCCCAUACAUACAGUGAGGGAAAAAAGUAUUUGAUCCCCUGCUGAUUUUGUACGUUUGCCCACUGACAAAGGCAUGAUCAGUCUAUAAUUUUAAUGGUAGGUUUAUUUGAACAGUGAGAGACAGAAUAACAACAACAAAAAUCCAGAAAAACACAUGACAAAAAUGUUAUGAAUUGAUUUGUAUUUUAAUGAGGGAAAUAAGUAUUUGACCCCUCUGCAAAACAUGACUUAGUACUUGGUGGCAAAACCCUUGUUGGCAAUCACAGAGGUCAGACGUUUCUUGUAGUUGGCCACCAGGUUUGCACACAUCACAGGAGGGAUUUUGUCCCACUCCUCUUUGCAGAGCUUCUCCAAGUCAUUAAGGUUUCGAGGCUGACGUUUGGCAACUCGAACCUUCAGCUCCCUCCACAGAUUUUCUAUGGGAUUAAGGUCUGGCCACUCCAGGACCUUUAAUGUGCUUCUUCUUGAGCCACUCCUUUGUUGCCUUGGCCGUGUGUUUUGGGUCAUUGUCAUGCUGGAAUACCCAUCCACGACCCAUUUUCAUUGCCCUGGCUGAGGGAAGGAGGUUCUCACCCAAGAUUUGACGGUACAUGGCCCCGUCCAUCGUCCCUUUGAUGCGGUGAAGUUGUCCUGUCCCCUUAGCAGAAAAACACCCCCAAAGCAUAAUGUUUCCACCUCCAUGUUUGACGAUGGGGAUGGUGUUCUUGGGGUCAUAGGCAGCAUUCCUCCUCCUCCAAACACGGCGAGUUGAGUUGAUGCCAAAGAGCUCGAUUUUGGUCUCAUCUGACCACAACACUUUCACCCAGUUCUCCUCUGAAUCAUUCAGAUGUUCAUUGGCAAACUUCAGACUGGCCUGUAUAUGUGCUUUCUUGAGCAGGGGGACCUUGCGGGCGCUGCAGGAUUUCAGUCCUUCACGGCGUAGUGUGUUACUAAUUGUUUUCUUGGUGACUAUGGUCCCAGCUGCCUUGAGAUCAUUGACAAGAUCCUUCUGUGUAGUUCUGGGCUGAUUCCUCACCGUUCUCAUGAUCAUUGCAACUCCACGAGGUGAGAUCUUGCAUGGAGCCCCAGGCCGAUGGAGAUUGACAGUUAUUUUGUGUUUCUUCCAUUUGCGAAUAAUCGCACCAACUGUUGUCACCUUCUCACCAAGCUGCUUGGCGAUGGUCUUGUAGCCCAUUCCAGCCUUGUGUAGGUCUACAAUCUUGUCCCUGACAUCCUUGGAGAGCUCUUUGGUCUUGGCCAUGGUGGAGAGUUUGGAAUCUGAUUGAUUGAUCGCUUCUGUGGACAGGUGUCUUUUAUACAGGUAACAAGCUGAGAUUAGGAGCACUCCCUUUAAGAGUGUGCUCCUAAUCUCAGCUUGUUACCUGUAUAAAAGACACCUGGGAGCCAGAAAUCUUUCUGAUUGAGAGGGGGUCAUACUUAUUUCCCUCAUUAAAAUGCAAAUCAAUUUAUAACAUUUUUGACAUGCGUUUUUCUGGAUUUUUUUGUUGUUAUUCUGUCUCUCACUGUUCAAAUAAACCUACCAUUAAAAUUAUAGACUGAUCAUUUCUUUGUCAGUGGGCAAACGUACAAAAUCAGCAGGGGAUCAAAUACUUUUUUCCCUCACUGUAUGUUUACCAUUCAUUAUGGAAGUUAUUCACUGUUCAUCCAUUCAACCCUUUGAAAACAUGUGUGUGUGUCUGUAGGAGCUCCAGACCCAGUUGGCCCAGCGCGCUGAGCAGUACAACCGACUGCUGGACGCAGGAGAGUCCAUGUUGCUGUCCCGUGGGGGGGAGGAGGGCGGCCCCGGAGCUGGUACGACCCAGACCCAACAGAACCUGGCCCUGCUGCAGAACAAGUGGGCCAGCCUGAACACCAAGAUGGACGACCGCAGGGUAAGAGAAGAAGCUUCUGUUCUGAGACAUGAAUAAAAGACUAUAAGUAAGAGCUUCUUCUUUACUUCUGUAAAAAAAAAACAUGAAGAAGACCAAAAGCCAAAACGCAUUUAUUUUGACUUGUAACAAUAAAGAAGCUUUUUCUUUACAUCCAUUGUCCUCCAAGAGUUACCGAAUCGUCUCUCUAAGAGCGCCUUCAGAAAAUGUAAUGGUUGCUUAGCUUAGAGCUGAACGCUAACUGAAUGCUAACUGAAUGUAAUGGUUGCUUAGCUUAGAGCUGAACGCUAACUGAAUGCUAACUGAAUGUAAUGGUUGCUUAGCUUAGAGCUGAACGCUAACUGAAUGCUAACUGAAUGUAAUGGUUGCUUAGCUUAGAGCUGAACGCUAACUGAAUGCUAACUUAACACAAAGUUGUGCAUUUGUAUAUGUAUACAAAGUGCUGCACUCAUGUAUUCAUUAGGUACCUAAUAAAAUGUAUACAUUAUAGAUUUUCACAGGUAGACUAUAAAAAACACUGUUUUACAUAGGAGGUGUAUCUUUAAAGGAGCGAUUUUCAAUGUUACCAUCAAACCUUUCACUGACCCGUUUGCUACCCCUCCACCCCCCACCCUAGGCGAAGCUGGAUGAAGCGGUGUCGCUGGCCACAGGGUUCCAGUCCUCCCUCCAGGACACCAUCAACUGGCUGACCCAGGCAGAGCAGACCCUCAACAUGGCCCAGCCCCCCUCCCUCAUCCUGGACACCGUCCUCUUCCAGAUAGAUGAACACAAGGUAGGCAAUUUAGGCACCAUAGAAGUAUAGAGAUCCUAUGUUAUGCGUGGUUGACAUUCAUUUCUAUGGUAAGUGGGGUUAUAUUGGUGAGUAGUUUACAUAAAAUGGAUUCCAUGGAAUAGGAUAGAAUAUUGGGCCUCCCGAGCGGCGCAGCGGUCUAAGGCACUGCAUCUCAGUGCUUGAGGCGUCACUGCAGACCCUGGUUUGAUCACAGGCUGUCACAACUGGCCGUGACCGGGAGUCCCAUAGGGCGGCGCACAAUUGGCCCAGCGUCGUCCGGGUUAGGGGAGGGUUUGGCCGGGGGGCUUUACUUGGCUCAUCGCGCCCUAGUGACUCCUUGUGGCGGGCUGGGUGCCUGCAGGCUGACUUCAAUCAUCAGUUGAACAGUGUUUCCUCCGACACAUUGGUGCAGCUGGCUUCCGGGUUAAGCGGGUGGGUGUUAAGAAGCGCGGUUUGGUGGGUCAUGUUUCGGAGGACGCAUGACUCGACCUUCGCCUCUCCCAAGCCCGUUGGGGAGUUGCAGCGAUGAAACAAGAUCGUAAUUGGAUAUCACGAAAUUGGGGAGAAAGAGGGUGUAUAAUACAGCAACAAUAUAUGUGAAUGAUAAGUUGACUCAUCAUAUUCAUCAGACAUUUUGCAGACUUAAUACAUUUCCCUUCCACCUUUCUCUUCCGUUUGGCUAGCUGGUAUGUGCUGAUGAGCAUGUGCGUAUACAGCUGAAAUCAUGGCACCAAGAACCAAAUCAGCGAAUCAAUUUAAUGUUAAGGCUGUCACGAGGGACUAAUACAACUGUAACACGCUCUCUGUCUAUCUCUGUUCCCCCCAGGUGUUUGUGAAUGAGGUGAACACCCACAGGGAGCAGGUUUUGGCUCUGGAGAAGGCCGGCUCUCAGCUGCGUUUCGCCAGUCUGAAGCAGGAUGUGGUUCUGAUCAAGAACCUGCUGCUGAGUGUUCAGGCCCGCUGGGACAAGCUGGUGCAGAGGUCCCUGGACCGCGGCAGACACCUCGACGAGGCCCGCAAGAGGGCCAAGCAGGUACGAGAGAGGAGGGUUUUAAAUGCUUUCUCCAUAUGUACGUAACUCACUUCACCCUUCACCAAAGUGCUGCACCCAAAUGGACGCUACACGGCAGACAUUUUGUUUUAGAAAACACCCUGCAUAUCAAUUAGAUAUGGUAAACCAGUUUCUCUCUCCCUCCCUUUAGUUCCAUGAGGCGUGGAGGAAACUGUCAGACUGGCUGGAGGAGGCUGAGAGCCGACUAGACUCAGAGCUGGAGAUCUCCAACGAGCCAGACAAGAUCAAAGUACAACUGACCAAACACAAGGUACAGUAGGAGUCUCACUUUAAAGCUCACUGUGUGGGUCUUGCAUGGAAAUAAUAGGAUUCUGAGCGAUACUCACACCCAACGAACACAAUAUAUGAUUAGGCUGCACAAUGUAGAUCCUCUGUGCUUUUGUGUGAUUUUUCUCUUACAUGUAUGACAUGGUAUCUCCCCCCCCCCCCCCCCCAAAGGAGUUUCAGAAGGCUCUGGGCUCUAAACAGCCGGUGUAUGACACCACAGUGAGGUCUGGUAAGGCCAUGAGGGACAAGGCCACGUUGCCCGAAGACACCCAGAAACUAGACCACCUACUAGGGGAGUUCAGGGACAAGUGGGACACCGUCUGUGGGAAGAGUGUGGAGAGGUGAGGGGAAAACUCGAUGCCAAAUGCUUUAUUAGAAUGACUAUUAUGGUAGGGUUCUCCAACUCCAGUCCUGGAGAGCUACUGAUUGUGCAGGUUUCUGUUCCAGCCCAGCACAAAGUAACGCACCUGAUUCAGCUAAUUCUGGUCCCGAUUGAACCCAACGAUUAUUGAUUGAUUAUUUGAAACUGGAACAAAAGCCUGCAAACCCAGGAGCUCUCCAGGACACUGUCAUAUAGAAUACUGGAUCAUAAAAGCGAAGUUCAAAUAAUGAUAGCUGCAAUUUCAAAGUAAUGUGACAACUGAUUUUUCCUCCAUCUCUCAUACAGGCAACACAAGCUGGAGGAGGCCUUGCUGUUCUCAGGUCAGUUUGCUGAGGCCCUGCAGGCCCUGGUGGACUGGCUGUACCGUGUAGAACCCCAGCUGGCUGAAGACCUGCCAGUCCAGGGAGACCUGGACCUGGUCUCCAAUCUCAUGGACUCGCACAAGGUAUUUAUUUAUGUAACAGCAAAGGUUAGACUAUUGGUUACCAUUGGUUUAAAAAGCCACAAAAAAGCCUGCACUUACUUUUAUUUGCCCAGCGCCUCAUUGCCCAAGCAGAAUUAAAUGUGAAUACUUAUUUCUCAAUCGUAACAUUUUGUCAUGUUUGACCCAUUUUUCAUAUUGAGGACUAAUGUGUAGUAUACAGUGCAUUAGGAAAGUAUUCAGACCCCUUCCCUUUUUGUGUGUAUAUUGAUGAGGGGAAAAAAACGAUUGAAUCAAUUUUAGAAUAAGGCUGUAACGUAAUAAAAUGUGGAAAAAGUCAAGGGGUCUGAAAACUUUACAAAUGCACAUAUUUGAUCCCCCUGCUCUAUGUUUAGGUUCAAACUAUUUCCAUGUUGUUUGACCACUGUUUGAUUAUGUCUCCUCAGGCCUUCCAGAAGGAGUUGGGGAAGAGGACCACUAGUGUCCAUGCCCUGAAGCGCUCAGCCAGAGAACUGAUGGAGACGGGCCGAGACGACACCGCCUGGGUCAAAGUUCAACUGCAAGAGCUCAGCAACCGCUGGGACACAGUCUGUGCCCUGUCCGUCACCAAGCAGACCCGCCUCCAGCAGGCCCUCAAACAGGUCAGUUGGGAAGAAGAAGCCAAGUGGUUGUGACAUUUUGGUUUUAGCACAAUAAUAACAAGUUACAGAAGACCAUGAAUUGUAUUAUAAUUUAAUGUAAAGAUACAGAUGAUUUCAGUCCAUUUACUUUUCUUUCAUUAAUGCUAUCUGUGCAAGCACAUUACAGUAUAUAAUACCGUAAACUAGACCGCAAAAGCUCAAUAAAGCUGAAAACCUUUUUUCUCCAUCCUUCUAAUGAUCCUCCCUCUUUCAUCCCGCUCUCUCAGGCGGAGGAGUUCCGCACGGCGGUGCAGCUGCUGCUGGAGUGGCUGUCAGAGGCAGAGCAGACGCUGCGUUUCCGUGGUGUGCUGCCCGAGGAGGCGGAGACUCUGCAGACGCUGCUCCACACCCACCGGAACUUCAUGGCCACGGUUGAGGAGAAGAGGACCGACGUGAACCGGGCAGCGGGCCAGGGCGAGGCCAUCCUCACCGCGUGCAAUGCGGACUGCAUCACCACCAUCAAACACUGGAUUACCAUCAUCCGCGCCCGCUUUGAAGAGGUAGGUUGUAUGGAAAAGGAGAGUGGGAUGAAUAGGGAGAUAAGAGAGGGAGGUAAAUGUUUUAAAGCCCAAGUAUUUCACCCAUGAAUUGGUGCAUUUUGCUUCUACAGGUCCUCACAUGGGCCAAACAGCACGAGCAGCGUCUGGAGACUGCUCUGACAGAGCUGCUCAACAACGCCACGCUAUUGGAGGAGCUGUUGUCAUGGCUGCAGUGGGCGGAGACCACCCUAGUCCAGCGUGACGGCGAGACCCUUCCACAGGACAUCCCUCAGCUCAAAACACUCAUCACAGAACACCAGGUGGGAGGAGCCUGCUUUUCUGAAACCCUCAUUGGCUAAGUUGCUAUUAUAAUUAUCACUCUUUCUGAUUGGCUGUGUCUAACGUCAAUCUAUUGUUCCCAGGUGUUUAUGGAGGAGAUGACCCGGAAGCAGCCUGACGUGGACAAAGUGACCAAGACUUACAAGAGGAAACCAGCAGAGCCCCCUAGCAGCCUAGCUGAGAGGAGAGGAGCUCGUACGUUACCUUAUUUUACCUCACAAAGAUGCAUUAAUAUUAUGUUGUACUAAAUGAGAAAGAGGAGAAAGACAAUAAAAGUCACCAAAAUAUCAUCAAACGUUCCAUCAAGUGUCCUCAACAUUCAAACCCAUAUAAUGCACAGUAACCAUGACACCUCUCCCUACAGGUAAAAACCAGCAGCAACAACAGCAUCAACAACAGGCGGCGAUGCAGGUCGCCGGGGGCUACCCCCGCCUGACCCAGCUAUGCUCAAGGUGGCAGCAGGUGUGGCUGCUUGCCCUCGACCGCCAGCGCAAGCUCAACGACGCCCUCGACAGGCUUGAAGAGGUACUGUAUUGUAGAAACCCUUGAUCUCCCCUAUUAGAGCAGUACCGGGCUUGGAGACCUGAGUUUUACACCUGCAUCACUGUACAUUUUUGCUACAUUGGUUUCAGAAGUGGGAUGUCUGUAUAUUUUCAGGGUGUUUUUUUCUCCUAUAUAGUGUCUUGUCAAAACAGACACAGGAUUUCCUCAAAGUAUAUUGCUCUUCUUCAUUUAUCUCACAUUAUGUUCAUUGUCUUUGUCCCCAGCUGAAAGAGUUUGCCAACUUUGACUUUGACGUGUGGAGGAAGAAGUACAUGCGCUGGAUGAACCACAAGAAGUCACGCGUCAUGGACUUCUUCAGGCGCAUCGACAAGGACCAGGACGGCAAGAUCACUCGCCAGGAGUUUAUAGAUGGCAUCCUGGCCUCAAGUAUGUUCUUAAGAGCUAGCUACACAUCGUUAGCUCUGUUCUUUGCCCAUAGCCUGCUCCAACUUAAACUGUAGUCAAGUCCUAUAUCUUGGUCAUGAGUUCUACAUCUUGGUGAUUAGUCCUACAUAUCAGUGAUUACUCCUACAUCUCGGUGAUUACUCCUACAUCUCGGUGAUUACUCCUACAUCUUGGUGAUUAUUCCUACAUCUCGGUGAUUAGUCCUACAUCUUGGUGAUUAGUCCUACAUAUCAGUGAUUAGUCCUACAUCUCGUUGAUCAGUCCUACAUCUCGGUGAUUAGUCCUACAUCUCGGUGAUUAGUCCUACAUCUCGGUGAUUAGUCCUACAUCUCGGUGAUUAGUCCUACAUCUCGGUGAUUAGUCCUACAUCUCGGUGAUUAGUCCUACAUCUCAGUGAUUUGUCCUAUAUCUUUUCCUGACUGUUGAUUGUGCUGUGCAGAGUUCCCCACCAGCAGGUUGGAGAUGACGGCGGUGGCAGACAUCUUUGACCAGGACGGAGACGGUUACAUCGACUACUACGAGUUUGUGGCGGCUCUGCACCCCAACAAGGACGCCUACCGGCCCACCACUGACGCUGACAAGAUAGAAGACGAGGUGAGGAAGACACACACACACACACACACACACACAGAUAUACCCAUAUAUAAUAAAUGUCACGCACUUAUUUUGAACAACAAAGCUGGACCUUUGACUUGCCUAGUCCAAUAGCAGCUCAUGAAUUGGAGGUUAAUGGAGCCAGCCUUGUGAUUUUUGUCUCUUUCUCAUUGUGUCUUUCUAUGCAGGUGACCAGACAGGUGGCACAGUGUAAAUGUGCCAAGAGGUUCCAGGUGGAGCAGAUAGGAGAGAACAAGUACAGAGUAAGUCCUCCUCAGCCUGUGACUGUAUACAGUUAAUAAACACAUUAUUAUAUAUUCUGUCUGCAUACUAUGACUUAGUAUUAGGUAUGAGAUAUUGUAUUUUUAAAUGCAGAUGGGCCAGAGCAAUUACAAGGUGAGUUACACCUGAGUCUACAGUGUUUGCUUAGACAGCUUCUACUUAGCUAAAUACAGUUUUCAGAUGCCACUUGACGGAGUGAAUCUUGGUAAUGUUAAGAAACAUUUGUAUUUUUGAAGUUGUUGCGUUUGCGGUCAUGGUGGGUCUAGGGUUGCAUCUGAAAAUGGCACCCUAUUCCCUAUAUAGUGCACUACUUUUGACCAUGGUGGACAACUUUUGACCAGGCCCCUGGACAAAAGUAGUGCACUAUAUAUAGGGAAUAGGUUGCCAUUUUGGAUACACCAUAGUUUUUGUUAACUGAUGAUGGGUGUGUGUCACUACUUCUUUGAGCACCAACAACUGCUGGUGUUGAACUAACGAAUGACAUCACUCCAUUCCUCACGCAUUUAAAUGUUAGCCAAUAGCAGUAGCACUCAUCUGUAUCCAUGGAAAUGCCAACUUUGUAAGCAAGCUUCUCUAAGCUUUGCCAUAUACUCAUAUAACAAGGUGGUCACAUAUUAUUGAUAAUUACUAAGAAACCCGCGGGCCAAAAAAUUGCUUCUCACGGGGCGCAUCUGGCCCCUGGGCCGUAUGUUUUGCACCCCCAUACUCUUUUAACGUAUCAUAUCUCUCUAUACAUAUCUCUAAAUCACAGCACUAUGGGAUUUAUAUGCUGUGUGUGCUUCCCACCAACAAACUAAUAUAACCAUAUUAAAUAUAACUUAGAAACCAUAACAUUUAUCACAGCUCCAGGAUUAGCAACUACUACCAUCGCUGUUUUGUGUGAACUACAUCAUCAUUAUCCUUGGGUUAAUGAUAUCCAGUGUCUGGCCAAAGACAUAAACUAACUGCACCGAGCUUGGGUCACGUUGUCACAUGACAUCACACCUCUGUCUGUCUGACUCUGUUCUUGUGUAUGUUUGUCUGUCUGGCUUCACCCUUCACUGACUUAUCCAUCUUGCUGUGUCUUUGUGUGGCAGUUUUAGUGGCACUUUAACCACACUAUAACAGAUAGGAAAUAGGAUCAUCUAUAGUAUCCACAUCAUUGAAAUUCCACUGCAUCCUUCUGCUUUUGCAGGGAAAUUUAUGGUUGGUUUUAAUGGCAAGAAGACAAGUCAAGUAACUACAAAAUUAAUUGUAACAAGACUUAGUGAAGGAAAUACAGUAUGUGUACAUAGAACAUAGGGUAAGCUACAGUUUAUUCCUCAAUCCAAUUGAGGUCUUAUCCAAUGACAGGUUGAGUCUUAAAUAUUUGUCUCUACAUGUUAUUUCACUCUUUCUCUUUUUCUUUCUCUUUGUUUAUUCCUCCUCCACGUCUGCUGGAUUUUUUGUAGUUCUUCCUUGGAAACCAGGUAAAGUUGACUCGCGUGUUUGGUCCUUUGAAAUCUGCUUCCUGGAUCUCCACCAGUUAAGUGGCCUCAAUUCGACGCCACAAAAAAAUGCUGCCAUGGUGACAGUGCAUUUCAUGUUUGACCAAUCAAAUAUAGCACUACACUGUUGGUGCGGAUCAUGGAAGUGGGUUUCAUAGGCCAUUGAGGUUGUUCUCUUGGUGUGAUUGUGCAGAUUUGGAACACUUUUGUUUUGAGAAAUACAUCAAUUUGGCAAACUGGAAUGGGUUAUAAUGGUAACCAGGGGUUACCCGAUGCUAUUAGUUUUGGACUGGGGCAAUUGGAGAAAUCAUGCUGUUCUGAUAGUAAUUAUAAAUUAACCUUGGUCCCUUAUCUGUUUGUGCUAUCUUGCCAACUCUAUGGUCAUUGUCACAAUGACCAUAAAUUACCAAAGAGUUGACAAGAUAGCACAAACAGACCCAGGCUAAUCAAAGGUAGUUCUGACUUGGUAUUGCUUCAUAGAGUUCUGCUUGCUGGGUGAUGGAGCAGUUUACCAUUGUUGGGUAAGCUGGGCUUUUGACAAAUAGGUGAUUUUAGUAGUAUCAUCAGUGCAUGGGUGCUGGAGUAUAAUUUGCAUGGAGUGUACUUUUACUCAGAGUAGUAUGGGCUGCUGUGUAUAAUGGCUUUGGAUUCUUAAUCUCAUGUCAAUAACCGUUGUACUUUGUUACUGAAUUCCUUUCUGUUUCUCCCUCUGUCCAUUUUCUCUCCUCCUCUCCUCUCCAUUGCUGUGUUAGUUUGGUGACUCGCAGCAGUUGCGGUUGGUUCGUAUCCUGCGCAGUACGGUCAUGGUGCGGGUUGGAGGGGGCUGGAUGGCCCUGGAUGAGUUCCUGGUCAAGAACGAUCCCUGCAGAGGUGAGUUGGGUUUAUUUAUGCACAGACACACGCACAUACAUACAAACAUUACGUACACACACACAUACACAUACAAAUACAGAAUGCAUGUACACACACAAAUACAGAGUACAAAAUGCAAGCCACUGGAUACACUGCGAGUGGGACAAAAGGUAAAUAUAUGGUACUAUGGUCUACUGUUUAAACUAGUCAUAGUCGGACAUAUACAUAUAACAUAGUCGGACAUAUACACUACCAUUCAAAAGUUUGGGGUCACUUAGAAAUGUCCUUGUUUUUGUAAGAAAAGCAAUUUUUUAGUCCAUUAAAAUAACAUCAAAUUGAUCCGAAAUACAGUGUAGACAUUGUUAAUGUUGUAAAUGGCUAUUGUAGCUGGAAACGGCAGAUUUUUUUAUGGAAUAUCUAAAUAGGCGUACAGCGGCCCAUUAUCAGCAACCAUCAGUCCUGUGUUCCAAUGGCACGGUGUGUUUGCUAAUCCAAGUUUAUCAUUUUAAAAGGCUAAUUGAUCAUUAGAAAACCCUUUUGCAAUUAUGUUAGCACAGCUGAAAACUGUUGUGCUGAAUAAAGAAGCAAUAAAGCUGGCCUUCUUGAGACUAGUUGAGUAUCUGGAGCAUCAGCAAUUGUGUGUUCGAUUACAGGCUCAAAAUGGACAGAAACAAAUAACUUUAUUCUGAAACUCGUCAGUCUAUUCUUGUUCUGAGAAAUAAAGGCUAUUCCAUGCGAGAAAUUGCCAAGAAACUGAAGAUCUCGUACAACGCCGUGUACUACUCCCUUCACAGAACAGCACAAACUGUCUCUAACCAGAAUAGAAAGUGGAGUGGGAGGCCCCGGUGCACAACUGAGCAAGAAGACAAAUACAUUAGAGUGUCUAGUUUGAGAAACAGACGCCUCACAGGUCCUCAACUGGCAGCUUCAUUAAAUAGUACCCGCAAAACACCAGUCUCAACGUCAACAGUGAAGAGGCGACUCCAGGGUGCUGACCAUCUAGGCAGAGUUGCAAAGAAAAAGCCAUAUCUCAGACUGGCCAAUAAAAAGAAAAGAUUAAGAUGGGCAAAAGAACAGACCCUGGACAGAGGAAGAUUGGAAAAAAGUGUUAAGGACAGACGAAUCGAAGUUUGAGGUGUUCGGAUCACAAAGAAUAACAUUUGUGAGGCGCAGUCCAAAUGAAAAGAUGCUGGAGGAGUGCUUGAUGCCAUCUGUCAAGCAUGGUGGAGGCAAUGUGAUGGUCUGGGGGUGCUGUGGUGGUGGUAAAGGGGAUCUUGAAGAGGGAAGGCUUUCACUCCAUUUUGCAACGCCAUGCCAUACCCUGUGGACGGCGCUUGAUUGGAGCCAAUUUCCUCCUACAACAGGACAAUGACCCAAAGCACAGCUACAAACUAUGUAAUAGCUAUUUAGGGAAGAAGCAGUCAGCUGGUAUGCUGUCUAUAAUGGAGUGGCCAGCACAGUCACCGGAUCGCAACCCUAUUGAGCUGUUGUGGGAGCAGCUUGACCGUAUGGUACUUAAGUGCCCAUCAAGCCAAUCCAACUUGUGGGAGGUGCUUCAGGAAGCAUGGGAUGAAAUCUCUUCAGAUUACCUCAACAAAUUGACAACUAGAAUGCCAAAGGUCUGCAAGGCUGUAAUUGCUGCAAAUGGAGGAUUCUUUGACGAAAGCAAAGUUUGAAGGACACAAUUAUUAUUUCAAUUAGAAAUCAUUAUUUCUAACAUUGUCAAUGACUACAUUUCCUAUUCAUUUUGCUAUAUUUCCUAUUCAAACUCAUUUCAUGUAUGUUUUCAUGGAAAACAAGGAAAUUUCAAAGUGACCCCAAACUUUUGAACGGUAGUGUACAUAUAAUCUUUCAGGUUUUCAGAGUUCUCUCUUUUCCAAAGCUGUCUACAGUCUGUCUGGUGUGCUCCUCAGAGCAAUGUCUCUCUUUCUCUCCAUCCAUCCAUCAUCUUUUCUCUUCAUCCCUUUCUGUGAUAGUUCUUUGAGUCGACGGGCUUGAAUCGUCUCCAUCUCUUUCCAUCUCUCUCCAUCUCUCUGUUAUGGUUCCUGUUUUUCCAUCUCUUCAUUCAUCUCACCCUUUCUCAUUAUUUUUCUUCACCUUUGUUUUCUGUGUAAGCGUUCCUUUUUUCUCUCUUUUUCUCCCGCUACACAGUCAUUCUUUCAAAGUAGUAUUGCAUGGUGCAUGAUCCUCAGUUCUCUUCCUCCCUUACCGUUCCUUUUGCCCUCUCCCUUCUUCCUUCUCUCCUUUUCUCUCUCCUUCCAGUGCAACAUCCUGGACUUAAGAUCCUUCGCUCCGACUCCAGUAGCACCAUUUCAUCUCGUAUAGGUUGGGUUUCUCUCUCGCUCUCGUUCCCACUUUUCUCCCUCCGCCUCUUUUCUGUUCUCUCUCUCUCACUCCCUCUUGGUUGUUUUUUGGUUUGGGCUUGUUGCUGUGCUUUGCUGACUGUGACACUGAACUAACGUUCCUACCCUUUCUGGCUACAUGCUAAUGCUAGCACGAGGGGACCAUAUCACAGGUUAUAGGUCCAAGUCAUUGACCUGUGUCUUUGUUUUGUUUUAAAGUUGUUUUAGCCACUUGUCACUUUGGUCCCUGAUGUGUCCACCCCUCAACCUUUGGGACUUAUCUGUAUUUUUUACUCCCUUUGCCACGGUCUUCUGUGUCCACCUCUGUGUUGAAGUGAGAGAGGGAAGCGUGUUGGUGACUCGCAGCUGGGACUGCGUGUUGGUGUGUGUGUGUGUGUGUGUGUGUGCGAGAGAGAUUGCUAAGUAUAAGGAAUGUGUGUGUCUAUGUAUUUCCAUCUCACCGUGAGCACGCCACUAUUUCACGUUGUCUCUUGUGUCUCUCAGUGACGGUCACUCCUGGCUAUUUCUGCUGCAGAGGUACCUACACUCCCACUCUCUUCCAUUGCUCCACUGUCCAUCCCUCCAUCUCUCCCAUUCUGUAAAUCCAACCAUCCAUCUAUCCAUCCAGCUCGAAAUCUCUCAUUCUAACUGCUAUGUCCUUGUGUUUGUGUCUGUUUGAGCAUAUGUAUGUGUAUACAUGUCUUGUCUGUGUUGCCAGUCCGCAUCAUGCUUCCCACUCAAAAACUGGGUUUGGCCAGCCCUGGUCUUGGUGGUGAUGGUUGCCAUGUGGAUCCAAAAUGGCCGCACAGUUUGACGGGCCAGUCUCAUAAAAAACAGAGACCGUCUAAGACCUGGGUGUGGCCAGCCUGGUUUUCUAAUAGCGCUUGUAGCGGCUCUUUAAAUAUGAUGGCGGGCGGGCACUGAAUUAAAGGGUGCACCUGGCUCGCUGGGGGACCGUAAUUGCAGGGCGCGCACCCAUUAUUAUUGACUGGUCUUGUUGCUGUUGCUAGUGGAUGACUGUGAGGGGGUGUGUCCCGUCUUGGGUAAAGCUACUAACCACGGCUACAGUGCCCUGCUGCUAAUGCUAGCUGCAGCUCUCUCAUCCCUCUCUUUCUCUCUUUCUUUUUCUCCCUCUCUCCCUUUCUCUUUCUCUUUGUCCCUUUCCUCCCUCUCUUUCCCUCCCUCUUUCUCACUGUGGCUGGCUUUUCUGGGCUUGAGUGUUAUGUGCUGGGACUGCUGCACCAUCUUGUCUAAGAAUGCUUAUAUGAGUGUCUAUGGGAGGGGAGUCCCCCAUGGUACUGUAUUGGGGCUCCCCCAAAAGCAUAACCAGGCAUGCCCCACAUAUUUCGCACCGAACGCACUGUUUAUGAAUUAGGGAAAGAAUAAAGGAGUCAACAGAGCGACUCCCUCACAGUGAGAGAAGAGAGGCUGUGCUUUGGCUUACAGGAAUACCUCUGUGUUCUAGCUAUAUAACCAUAUAUAUAAUAGUAUAAACCAGUAUGAAAAUGUAUGCGCUCACUACUGUAAGUCGCUUUGGAUAAGAGCGUCUGCUAAAUGACUCAAAUGUAAAUGUAGUUGUUCUAAUAGUUUGGCUAUAGCAAUAAAAGUGUACUAUUAAAGUCCUUUCUUGCUGAACAUCUUUCUCUCUAACAGUUCCUCUGCACUGUCACAAACACUACACACUCACUCCCUCCUCCACUUAAAAGUACCCCAGCCAGAAGUGCACUUCACUGCCUCUGAUUCCCAACCCUCCCCUCGCCCCACUCUACUCAGCACUGACUCGACCACACGUUGCACUGACUCUGAGAGCAGUGACUCGCCGGGGAAGCUCUGACUCUCUGCCUCGCACUGCUCGCUGCCUCGAUACGUACUGCAGCCAUUGUUGACUGAACUUGACCAUUUCUUUGUCUUUCUCUCCCCUCUCUCUCUCUCUUUCUCUUUCUCUCCUCUUCUUCCCUCACUCCAGCCCGAGGCCGUACCAACCUGGAGCUGCGUGAGAAGUUCAUCCUUCCAGAGGGGGCUUCCCAGGGCCUGGCGGCCUUCCGCUCCCGGGGCCGGCGCUCCAAACCCGGGUCCCGCACGGCCUCGCCCACCCGCUCCUCCUCCUCGGCCUCGCACAGCGCACACAGCUGCGCAUCCCUGCCCUCUGCUCCCGCCACCCCCACUGCCUCCUCUAGGGUAAGUGCCCUCAACCCCAUUCUCCCCCAAGAAAUACAAUUACUAGAACGGGAAAAGCUCCUCAGACCAUGACAACUUGACAGAACCGGUGUACUCAUCAUGGGUAGACCCAAUAUGGUAUUGUGUUCUAUGGGAGCUAGGUGAUAGAGCUAUAUCGCCCUUAAAGGGGAAUUUCCUUGCUCUCUUCACGUCAUAUGGCGGUUACCAUGUUAGUUAUAGUAGAACUCUUGUCACAAAGAUCGGUAGUGUCUUUAAUAUAGGCUGAGCAAUUACACAAGCUACAUGGUGUCUCUCUUUAAGUGUUCCUAAUGGAAACAGAGACUAAAAUGGAACCUGCAAGCGCACACUACACAUAUGCAAAACAAUACUACAAGACAUUUUCACAAACUAAAGUCAGUCAUUGUCACAUCAGUCACAUGUCAGAGUUUUUGUUGUCACCAUGCCUUGUUGUUAAUCUCGGUGGCCCAUCUCUCACCCACUUUCACAGUGGUUGUUGUCACAGUGAUUCGUCAUUUCAUUAAUGUGUUGUCUCUGUGUCUUACACUCAAAGGUCGAGUUUUGAUUUUUUAAGUUCAGAUGAAACACAUCUCUCCGGCCUUUCUCCUGUAUACCACUGAAUCCUAAACACUAGACAAUUAUGUUUCGUAUUACUUAGUGUAGCACCACUGGUCAUAUAUUCAAUCAGUCAGGUUACUGUAGUCUAGGUCAAAAUGGAAAAGUAUUCAGACCCCUUGACUUUUUCCACAUCUUGUUAUGUUACAGCCUCAAUCUACACACAAUAUCUCAUAAUGAAUGCUAAUUUAUUAAAAAUAAAAAACUGAAAUCACAUUUACAUAAGUAUUCAGACCCUUUACUCAGUAUUUUGUUGAAGCACCUUUGGCAGCGAUUACUUCGUUGAGUCUUCUUGGGUAUGAUGCUACAAGCUUGGCACACGUGUAUUUGGGGAGUUUCUUCCCAUUCGUCUCUGCAGAUCCUCUCAAGCUCUGUCAGGUUGGAUUGGGAGCACAGCUAUUUUCAGGUCUCUCCAGAGAUGUUCGAUCAGGUUCAAGGCUGGGUUCUGGCUUGGCAACUCAAGGACAUUCAGAGACUUGCCCCGAAGCCACUCCUGCAUUGUCUUGGCUGUGUGCUUAGGGUCAUUGUCCUGUUGGAAGGUGAACCGCCCCAGUCUGAGGUCCUGAGUGCUCUGGAGCAGGUUUUCAUCAAGGAUCUCGCUGUACUUUGCUCCAUUCAUUUUUGCCUCGAUCCUGCCUAGUCUCCCAGUCCCUGCCGCUGAAAGAAAAUCCCCACAUCAUGAUGCUGCCACCACCAUGCUUCACCGUAGGGAUGGUGCCAGGUUUCCUCCAGACGUGACGCUUGGCAUUCAGGCCGAAGAGUUCAAUCUUGGUUUCAUCAGACCAGAGAAUCUUGUUUCUCAUGGCCUGAGAGUCUUUAGGUGCCUUUUGGCAAACUCCAAGUAGGCUGUCAUGUGCCUUGUACUGAGGAGUGGCUUCCGUCUGGCCACUCUACCAUAAAGGCCUGAUUGGUGGAGUGUUGCAGAGAUGGUUGUCCUUCUGGAAGGUUCUCCACAGAGGAACUCUAGAGCUCUGUCAGAGUGACCAUCAGGUUUUUGGUCACCUCCCUGACCAAGGCCCUUCUCCCCCGAUUACUCAGUUUGGCCGGGCGGCCAGCUCUAGGAAGAGUCUUGGUGGUUCCAAACUUCUUCCAUUUAAGAAUGAUGGAGGCCACUGUGUUCUUGGGGACCUUAAAUGCUGCAGAAAUGUUUUGGUACCGUUCCACAGAUCUGUGCCUCGACACAAUCCGUCCCCGAGCUCUACGGCAAUUCCUUCGACCUCAUGGCUUGGUUUUUGCUCUGACGUACUGUCAACUGUGGGACCUUAUAUAGACAGGUGUGUGCCUUUCCAAAUCAUGUCCAAUCAAUUGAAUUUACCACAGGUGGACUCCAAUCAAGUUGUAGAAACAUCUCAAGGAUGUUCAAUGGAAACAGGAUGCACCUGAGCUCAAUUUCGAGUCUCAUAGCAAAGGGUCUGAAUACUUACUGUACGUAAAUAAGGUAUUUCUGUUUUAUAAAAACCUGUUUUUGCUUUGUCAUUAUUGGGUAUUGUGUGGAGAUUGCUGAGGAUUCUGUUUUAUUUAAUCAAUUUUAGAAUAAGUCUGUAACGUAACGUAAAAUGUGGAAAAAGUCAAGGGGUCUGAAUACUUUCCGAAGGCACUGUAUGUCUCUAAUUAGUAUAACAGUCCAGUCAAGGUGCAUACUAUCUAAAGACAAUUAUUCAGCCAGUCUUGGAGGACAAAGCAUGAAGCCAUAUUACCAGAGUACCCAUAAUCAUCUGUUUUGUUGUCACUGAUCGUUAGUUGUGUAGUCUCUGUUUAUCGUGUGAUUUAUGUAUCGUGUAUGUGUGUCUGUGUUGAAAUGAUAAUUCCCCUGUUUCUGCAUGUCAACAACAAUCACCUACGUCCUUAACUGUGAGAUUUGUAUUUGUUGUUCUUUGUUUUGGUCUUUUUCUUUUGUCUCCUAAAUUCCUCCAUCCACCCCCUGCUAACCUCGCUUGAAAAAUGUACUCCCUCCACUGUUUUUUAAAAUCCAUCCGCUGUCGCACCAAAAACACACUGCGCUACACGACCUUCCUCCCCUCCUCCCCCUUCCUCCCUUCCUCCCCUCCUCUCCCUUCCUCCCUUCCUCCCCUCCUCCCUUCCUCCCCUCCUCCCUUCCUCCCUUCCUCCCCUCCUCCCCCUUCCUCCCCUCCUCCCUUCCUCCCCUCCUCCCUUCCUCCAUUCCUCUCCCAUCCUCCCUUCCUCCCCUCCUCGCCACCUCCCUUCCUCCCCUCCUCCCUUCCUCCCUUUCCCUAUUUUCCUUUGUGCUACUUUCCUGCUUCUCCCCCUUUUUUAUUCUCCUUGGCUGCCUUCUUCCCUCCCUCCUUCCCUUUGCUGAUCCCAGUCCUCAAACUCGCGUGGCUAUGCCAAGCCCUGGCUGGCACACAGUAAAACUCCAACGCCAACCAAGUGCCAGUCCUGCCCAGACCAUGGCCACACCACCCCUGGGCAUGAGGUAACACACUGACCCCCACCCCCCCCCAUCCUGCCGCCCCUCCCAAGCCCCAGCAAACUAAUAACGCACUAACUCACACACACAAUCACUCACUUACGGGUGGCCAUACACACUGCAUAGUGCACAAUGUGCAAUUGGGACCAUGAGGAUAUAGGAGACGUGACGUUGAAAUUCAGCUUUAAGACUGAAUAUAUUUGCAUCAUAUCUUGUUUCACUGUUUUUGCUCAAUAUCCCAAUCUAAAUUAUUAUUAGGUGCAUUGUCACAAUAUUUUUGCCCACCGGCAAGAAGCGGCUGGUGGUAGGUCAAUAGGAAUAGAUUCAAAGUGAUGUCCUCUUAAAGGAGAAGUAGUGAGAAAUGAAUCAUUAUUAGCUAACUCUAUAUGCGUUGUGUUGAACUGGUAGUUCUAGGGAUUUAGUUUGGUAGACUGAUGAUCAUUUUGCAAGUGGUGUCUCUGUUGUAUUAUGUUAGUAUGGGAUGAUGCUUAAAAGUAGUAACCGCUCCUUUAGUUAAAGGUAGAUGCAGCAAUAUGACAUACACAACAGGGCAACAUCCUGCCUACAAACAUCAACAACAACAAAAUUCAAAUUCACUGUUGACUUCCCAAUGUCGGCAUGCCUCAAGACUCAAAUUGGGAAGAGCCAGUAGAGUGGCGGCCUUGGCAGAUUUGUACUCUGUUUGGUUGAUGUGGGUAACGAGGAAGUCAUCCCCGUUGUGUAUGAUGAUGUCAUAUUGUGGAGUCUACCUUUUUAAAGGCCCAGUGCAGUCAAAAUUGUGAUUUUCCUGUGUUUUAUAUAUAUUGCCACUGGUUGGAAAACUGUUCAAUUGUGAAAAUGAUGAUAAUGCCCUUUUAGUGUAAGACCUGUUUGAAAAGACCGCCUGAAAUGUCUGCCUGUUUUGGUGGGAGGGAGUUUUGGCCUUCCAUGGCGACAGCACCAUGCGGUAAAUUAGUUAAUAGACCAAAAGAGUUCCAAACCUCUGCCAAUAAUAGCUACUUUUCAGUCUUCCCUCCCUGCUCCCAGACAGUCCUAGCAAAAUUCUUGCUUGAGAAAUUACUCUUUGCUAAGAAGCUACUUUUGUUUAUUUUUGACCAUUUUAAUUGAAAACAAUCACAGUAAGGUACUUAGAGUCAUUUCUGGGUAACAACUAUAUUGAGAUAAAAUCGGCUGCAUUGAACCUUUUAAUGUAUUCUGUGCCACAGUUUGCCACUGUUUGACAUUCCCUGUGUCUGAUAUAUAUAGGGGGCAGUGUCGGGGUCCAAGCUGAAGAGGCCCACCUUCCACUCCAGCCGAGGCUCUCUGACUGGAGAGAAUGGAGGAGCUACACCCAUUGCUACUAAACCUGGACGUACCGGUAAGAACUAAGUCCAGAUUUUUCAUACCAGUUUUGAUUUCUAUUUUCAGUCCUCUGUUUUUGUUCUCUUGGAACAUAUAAUUCCCAUAAUUAAAAUGAGACUAAAUAUAUAUAUUUUCUCUAUUCUUUUUCUAUCCCACAUCACCUACCCUUACCCUCCUCCUUCCUCCCUGUUUCCUCCCUCUCUCCUCUUCUCCUCCUCUCAGACCCCAAGCGUACCCCAUCGGGGGCCAGUGGUCCGGCCAGCCGGGCGGGCAGCAGAGCGGGCAGCAGGGCCAGCAGCCGGCGAGGCAGCGACGCUUCGGACGCCUCAGAGCUCCUGGAGACUCGCUCGGCCUGCUCGGACACCUCGGACACCCCCCGGCGCACAGGAGCUGCCAAGCCCUCCAAGAUCCCUACCAUCUCCAAGAAGGCCCCAAGCCCCAAGACACCCACUUCUGGGAAGAAAUAG